AUGUCGAGCUCUGCUAUCGAGCUGGAGUCGCUCGGCGCACCCACACCGGCGGACACCCCUGCGACCUCGCGCCCAGAAUCCAUCGUCUCGCUCAACCCCGGCACGCACAGGCGAAGGUCGGCAUCGUUGUCGAGGAACGCAGACGGGCCGCCAGACAACAAAGAAGCGUUCGACUCGUAUCCAGAGUGGAAAGGCGGGUGGAAGCAGGUCCUCGCCUGCUUUGCGUUGUUCUUCACGACACUGGGAGGCGUGUACUCCUGGGGAGUCUUCCAAGAUGCGCUCGUUACGGCAGGACUUGCGCCAUCCUCCACACUCGCCUUCGUCGGAUCCGUGCAGGCGACGAUGGAGGCCAUCUUGGCGAUUCCCAUUGCGCGGAUAGUCAGCGCGUACGGUCCACGCCGCGUCGCUCUCGUCGGCUCCGCUUUCGUCGGUCUCGGGUCGAUUCUCGCUGGCUGGUGCACCGGUAGCGUCGCGGGCCUCAUCAUCACGGAAGGCUUCAUGUUCGGCAUUGGACAAGCCUUGUGCUUCUUCAGCGCCGCGACCCUGCCGACCAUGUACUUCCUGCGAAGUCGCAAUGUUGCGACGGGCAUGGUCUACUCGGGUGCCGGACUAGGCGGAGCCGUCUUCUCGCUAGUAACGGCGCAGCUGCUCAAGCGCCUCCACAGCCUGCCAUGGACGUUCCGCACAGUCGGGCUGAUCAUGACGGCGAUCAACGUCCCAGCCGCCCUCGUGCUCAAGAGUCGUGGCGAGAAAGUGCCGUUCCAAGGCGGGAAGGGCAAGAAGGUCGACGCUGAGGAGCGCUCAACCGGUUCGAAGUAUUUCGAUCGAACCCUCUUUAAGGACCCUCGAUUCUGCCUCAUCCUCACCGGCACUGCCGUCGCCCUCUUCCCUCUCUUCGUCCCGCCGUUUUUCCUCCCGCUCUAUUCGACUUCAAUCGGUCUCAGCACCACAACGGCCGCGCUGAUCCUUGCCGGCUUCAACCUCUCCUCCGCGCUCGGUCGCAUCUGCUUCGGUCUCGGCGCAGACCGGUUGCUCGGAUCGCUUAACGCACUCGUCCUCUGCCUCGUCACGGUCAGCGUCAGCACGCUGCUGAUUUGGCCUUUCGCAGAUGCCCUCGCCCCUUUGAUCGUAUUCUCGGUCAUCAACGGCUUCUGCGCCGGCGGCAUGUUCUCGCUCAUCCCCGGCACGCUUAGCAGCGUCUUUGGUACGCGCCGACUGACCGUCAUCUUCUCGAUGAUCGUCACCUCCUGGUCACUUGGCUACUUCCUCGGCGCGCCCAUCGCAGGAUUCCUUCUGCAGGCGUACGGCGGACCGGACCGAGGACCGAAGGCGUAUCAGCCCGCAAUCUUCUACUCUGGAGGGCUCAGCGUGCUGGCGGCGGUCUUGGUGGGCGCGGCAAGGUUCAACAUCAGUCGGACGUUAUGGAAAAAGAUGUAG